AUGCUAGCGUUCUUCCGCCCAGUGACGCUUGAGCUGCUGUCUCAAGCCUUCGCGCUCAUGUGCACCAUUGUAUCUUCACUGCUCAGCAGCACUGAAGCUCUCGCCAUCAAGAACCACUUCCCUCCUGGUGAUGAAGACCCGAUCGUUUCGUGA